AUGUCUUCUCACUCCAUGACCACCUUCCUCCUUGGAUACUCUCGAACCUUCGGAGGUUCUGUUUCAUGUUCUCCAACUCAUAAGCCCUCCAAACUUUUCGCAGGUUUUUGGUCUUCUGGAGCUGAAGCUAAAUGGUUAGAAUACAGUAUUCGACUGCAACGUUGUAAUGUAUUCAAACAAACAGAGGAAUACACGACUGUGUUUCUGAAUGGGUUUGUGGGGGCUGACACAGAAGAAGAAACUCUUAAGGUUUCUACAUCAAAUAAGAUUAAGGAACAUGUUGAUAAGAUUCAAUCAAUGUUGGUUUCCAUGGGUGAGGGAGAGAUAAGCAUAUCAGCUUAUGACACUGCUUGGGUGGCUCUCGUGGAAGACAUUAAUGGAGGCGGUGUUCCUCAAUUCCCAAAUAGCCUUCAAUGGAUAGCAAAUAAUCAGCUUCCUGAUGGUUCGUGGGGUGAGAGUAACAUCUUUUCAGCUUACGAUCGGCUAAUCAGCACAUUAGCUUGUGUGGUUGCAUUGAAAUCGUGGAACAUUCAUCCUAACAGAAUCGAAAAAGGAUUGUCAUUUAUCAAAGAAAACAUAUGUAAGCUUGAAGAUGAAAAUGCGGAGGAAAUGCUUGUCGGCUUUGAAGUGGGUUUUCCUUCUCUUAUGGAAAUAGCUCGAAAGUUGGACAUUGAAGUUCCAGAUGAGUCUCCUUUCUUGCAAGAUAUCUAUGCCAAAAGAAAUGUUAAGCUCUCAAGGAUACCCAAGGACUUUAUGCACACAGGGCCAUCUACACUACUUCAUAGCUUGGAAGGAAUGCAAGACCUGGAGUGGGAAAAGCUACUAAAAUUACAGAGCCCAGAUGGGUCAUUCUUGUAUUCCCCAUCCUCCACUGCCUUUGCUCUCAUGCAGACUAAAGAUGAGAAUUGCCUGAGAUAUCUCAACAAAACUGUUGAAAAAUUCAAUGGGGGAGUUCCACAUGCUUACCCGGUGGACAUAUUUGAGCACUGUUGGGUUGUUGAUCGGCUACAACGCCUUGGAAUUUCCCGGUAUUUCAAGUCAGAAAUUGGAGAAUGCAUUGAUUACGUCUACAGAUUCUGGACAGAAGAGGGAAUUGGAUGGACUGGAAAUACAAGUGUUCAUGAUUUAGAUGACACGGCCAUGAGUUUUAGGCUUUUAAGAUGGAAUGGCUACAAGGUUUCUGCUGAUGCUUUUCAACAUUUCGAGAGUGGUGGCGAGUUCUUCUGCUUCGCUAGAGAGUGCAACCAAGGCGUUACCGUCAUGUUUAACCUUUACAGGGCUUCUCAGGUGAUGUUUCCAGGAGAGAAGAUACUGGAGGAUGCCAAGAAAUUUUCAUCCAAAUUCCUAAGAGAAAAACAGGCUAACAAUGAGCUUCUAGACAAAUGGAUAAUAGCCAAGGACUUACCUGGCGAGAAGGCAACACAGGUGGGGUAUGCACUAGAGUUGCCAUGGUACGCCAGCCUACCUCGUGUGGAGGCAAGGUUCUACUUGGAACAAUAUGGCGGUGAAGAUGACAUAUGGAUCGCCAAAAGCUUGUACAGGAUGCCUUACAUUAGCAAUAACACCUAUCUUGAGCUUGCAAAAUUGGACUACAAUAACUGCCAAGCACUGCAUCGUCAGGAAUGGAACCGCAUUCAAAAAUGGUAUGCAGAAUGCAAUCUUGGACAGUUUGGGCUGAGCCAAAGAAGCCUUCUCUGUGCAUAUUAUUUGGCUGCGGCAAGUGUAUUUGAACCAGAGAGUGCCAAUGUGCGGCUUGCUUGGGCUAAGACCAAUACUCUGAUCGCGACAAUCAUGUCGUACUUUGACAGGGAGCACACCUCCAGGGAGCAGAGAACAGCCUUCCUCCAUGAUUUCAGAAACAGUAGUAAUUGUAGCCGGGACGCUGUUAAUAAUGGAAGGAACCAGACAGGACAUGAGCUGGUCCAGGCUUUGCUAGGAGCUUUACACCAGUUCACAUUGGACGCACUGCUGGCGCACGGUAGAGACAUCUACCACCAAUUGUAUCAGGCUUGGGUGAUGUGGCUGACGAAGUGGCAAGAGGAAGGUGAAGGACAAGGAGAAGCAGAACUCCUAGUACGCACCAUCAAUCUCUGCGCCGGUCGUUGGGUGUCUCAAGAGAGAUUGCCCCAUUUUGAGUACUACUGUCUCUCAGAGAUCUCCAACAGAGUCUGCCACCAACUUCGUCAAUAUCAGGACUGUAAGGCACGGGAAACAAACAACUACAACACAAACACUAUCAGCAUGACAACCACUGAGAUAGAAUCGGACAUGCAAAAACUUGUGCAACUAGUGCUCUGUAACUCAUCAGAAGGAGGCCUCGAUCCUGAUAGCAAGCAAACAUUUCUUACAGUAGCAAAAACUUUCUACUAUACUGCAUACUGUAAUCCGACAACCAUCAAUUUUCAUAUUGCCAAAAUACUAUUUGAGAGUGUAUUUUCACUAGUGAUGACAUUAUGA